AUGUUGGACAUGCUUUAAUAUAUUCUGAGCUAGUAGAAUUCCUAACAGUAAAGGGAGCAGAGGUAAUCAAUUCUAUAUCCCAAGAAAAUUGAGCGUGAAGUAUUUACUUCAGCGGACUUGUUUGAAAAUAGUUCAAAAACAUUUUAGUAGCAAUAAAAAAACGAAAAAAGACACCAGACAGCAAUAACGACAGUAGCAAUUAAAGUGUUAUGGAUACAAAUAACACUCCAAAGUAAAUCCAAUGAAACAUAUUUAACAAGGGAAUACUUUCAUCUAGAUCGUAAGAUAAACCAAUUAAGACUGCAUAGAGCUUUACAACUAUUUGGAAUUAGUAUUUUGACAGCAAAAAACACUAACUAAUACCCCUACAAAGUAAAGCGAUGCGAAUAAUGCUAAAAGCUAAACACUGGAAUCAUUGCUUAAGUAAUGAAAUAUAACUAAGGAUACAAUAAAAAGCUCUUCAAUUGUAACUAGUAAGUUAAACAUUUUAUAGGUUUUGCUAUUCAACAACCUGAUAUGCAUGAAUAUCUUCUCAAAACAAUAGCCUGGAACUUUAAAGUUACCAUUUGUUGGAUACUCAGUAUCGUCAACAGUCUUUGA